CGCAUGACAAAAAUUCGAUAAACCGCAUUUCAAAGCAACUCCGAUGCGACAAUCAUUACAAAACUUCCAAGAAUUUGCCUUUUCAGUUGACUUCAGACCGCACAUACCCCUAAAAGGAGAAAUAUCUUGUGUGUUCUAUUCAUACGUCGACUUGAUUAUACCUUGAGUAAGGAAAAUUCUUGGCUACAACCUCUAUCUAUCGUUUUGGCUUAUACGCAUUUCCCAUCCCAUACUUGUAUUUGCGGUAUCGCAUCCCAAGUCCAUAGGUAUUCAAUCUUCCAAACCAAACAACCAACCAACGACGGGGCCAUAUAAGUAAGUAAAUCAGGGGACUUGUCCCCCCACGCCUCGGCUCCUCUCCCUUCCCCACGUUCUCCGACACAGCCAUACACAAUGUCAGCGAUCCUCUCAGCCGACGACCUAAACGACUUCAUCUCCCCGGGUGUAGCCUGUAUCAAACCCGUCGAGACCCUCCCUGCUGCCUCCACACAACCCGCCCCCAGCGACCUCGAGCACGAAGUCAUCCUCGACGGCCAACAGAGCGCCGGCGCGAACACAGCAGGCCCCGCCCAGAUCUCGCUGACCGAUUGUUUGGCCUGUUCCGGCUGCGUGACCUCCGCCGAAGCCGUGCUCGUCAGCCUACAGAGCCACUCGGAGCUACUGAGCGUCUUGGACGGCGCGCCGGGGUUACGGGUAAUACGGCGCGAUGACGGGUUCGGGGUCGAAGGCCUUGAGAACCCAGAUAGCAAGCUCUUCGUAGCAAGCGUGUCGCCACAGACGCGCGCGAGCCUCGCAGCUGUCGCGGGACGAGACGUAAGCGAGCAAGAUGCCGGGCGCAUGAUAUCACAGUUACUGAUGGGGUCAGGUGGGCUGCGCGCGGGCGGCAAAUGGAAUAAUGGGUUUACAUGGGUUGUCGACACAAACACAGCAAGGGAGGCAUGUCUAGUACUGGGCGCGGAGGAGGCGCUAAGCGACAAGGGCAAAGUCGCAAAGCCCAUUUUGACGUCGAGUUGUCCUGGAUGGGUAUGCUACGCCGAGAAGACGUAUCCACAUGUCUUACCAUACAUCUCGAAGGUGAAGUCGCCGCAGGCGCUUAUGGGCACACUACUAAAGACCACGUUAAGUCGGACGCUGGGGAUCUCUCCCGACCGGAUAUGGCAUCUGGCUGUCAUGCCGUGCUUCGACAAGAAGCUAGAGGCAAGCCGCGAGGAGCUUACGGACGCAGUGUGGAAUGGGGAAGGGCAGCCCGGCAGGGGCGUGAGGGAUGUAGAUUGUGUCAUCACGAGCAAAGAGAUCUUGAUGUUAACAGAAUCGAGGAGCAUUGAUUUCUUCGGAUUAUCCAAAACCCCUGUUUCCGCCUCAUUGCAAACUCCCUUUCCUGAUCCCACACUAAGACGCUUUCUCUUCCCUCCGCGGCCCCGAGCGGGCCAGGCGGAUCCCCUAGCGGGGACCUCGGGGGGCAAUCUCUAUUACACACUAAAAUACGUCUCCGCACGACACCCUGGGUCGAAAAUCGAGACCGUACGUGGCCGGAAUGCCGAUGUUGUGGAGUAUACGGUGACCUCGCCAACCGGGGAGCCGAUAUUCAAAGCUGCGAGAUAUUACGGCUUCCGGAAUAUCCAAAAUUUAGUCAGGAGGUUGAAGCCGCCGAAACUGUCGCGGAUGCCGGGCGCAAAAGUUACCGGACCUCGGAGACCUGCGGGUAAGCCGGGUGGGCUGGAAUACGCUUACGUUGAAGUCAUGGCAUGUCCCGGGGGCUGCACAAAUGGCGGCGGUCAGAUCAAGGUCGAUGAUCCGGUAGUAAUUGAGAGGAGAGGCUUGGAGACGAAACCUGGGCCUCAGGAACAGAAGCAGUGGUUGGCACAAGUUGAUGAAGCAUACUUCUCGGCUGAAGACUCCGACUCGGAUCCGGAGGCCGAGGAUGUGAACUCGGCCGUAGAAAAUGGAGAUCAGGCGCGAGGUGACAUGGUCGACAGCAUUUCUCCGUCAUACAUUCGAGAUACCCUGGCGCAUUGGGCGAGCAUAACAGGUAUAGAUGUCGAUAGAUUGGUAUACACGAGCUAUCGCGAGGUGGUGAGCGACGUGGGCAAGGACAAAGCGGCGGGCAGCACGGAAAGGGUCGUCCAAUUAGCUGGCAAGAUCGGCGGCGGCUGGUAGCAUCAUUAUUGUAGAUCGGCAUAUAGAAGAACCCGAGUAAUCAUAUCAACUGCCCUUGGCGCCACGCUUGGCAAAACCGAACCCUCCCCUUCCACUCCCGUCCGGGCCCCGUGGCGCACGGAUAACUUGAUCUUCCUCCCGCGGCGUAGAGCGUCGGGACAAUGGUGCUCCACCAUCGCUGUUGUUGCUGUUCCCCCUCCGCUCAAGUUGAACUCCAAGCUUAGGCGAGUAGUUCGGGUCGUAGAGCUCCCGCCCCCCGCCCGACUGGCUACUAGGUCGUUGGAUGUUACUAUCCCUGUCCCUAUCCCUCUCUCCUCGGCUCUCAUUAUGCCGGUGUCCUCCCCCACCCCCUCU